CCUCCCCCUCCUCCCUUUCUCCAGUCAGGCCGCGCCGGAGGACGCCGUCUCCUCCCCCACAAUGCACCGCGGCAGGCAGCCUUUGAAAAAGCGGCGCGGCUCCUUCAAGAUGGCGGAGUUGGAUCAGCUGCCUGACGAGAGUUCCUCAGCAAAAGCCCUGGUCAGUUUGAAAGAGGGAAGCUUAUCAAAUACAUGGAAUGAAAAAUUCAGUUCUUUACCGAAAACAACCAUUUGGAAAGGCAAAAAUUCAGGAGCUACUGUAGAAAUGCCUUUCAGAAGUUCAAAACGAAGUCGUUCCUUUUGUGAAGAAGAAGAAAAACAAAUGACUACAAGAUCACCCAAAAGAAACCAGAGAGUUGCCAUGGUUCCACAGAAGUUCACAGUAACAAUGCCAACACCAGACAAAAAAGCAUCGCAGAAGAUUGGAUUACGGCUGCGUAACUUGCUCAAACUUCCUAAAGCACAUAAAUGGUGUAUAUAUGAAUGGUUCUAUUCAAAUAUAGAUAAGCCAUUGUUUGAAGGUGAUAAUGACUUCUGUGUCUGCCUAAAAGAAUCAUUUCCCAAUUUGAAAACAAGAAAAUUAACAAGAGUGGAGUGGGGAAAAAUCAGAAGGUUGAUGGGAAAGCCAAGAAGAUGUUCUUCUGCAUUCUUUGAAGAGGAAAGGUCAGCGUUAAAACAGAAACGGCAAAAAAUUAGACUUUUGCAGCAGCGAAAGGUGGCAGAUAUAUCCCAGUUUAAAGAUCUUCCAGAAGAAAUUCCAUUGCCACUAGUUAUAGGAACAAAAGUAACAGCACGGUUACGUGGUGCCCAUGACGGACUCUUCACAGGACAGAUAGAUGCUGUAGAUACUCUUAAUGCUACCUACAGAGUAACAUUCGAAAGGACAGGGCUUGGAACGCAUACAAUCCCAGACUAUGAAGUCCUCAGUAACGAGCCUAAUGAAACCAUGCCUAUUGCUGCCUUCGGACAGAAACAACGACCUUCUAGAUUUUUUAUGACCCCUCCUCGGUUACAUUAUACACCUCCCCUCCAAUCACCAAUUACAGACAAUGAUCCUUUACUCGGACAGUCUUCUUGGAAAAACAAAAUUUCGGGCUCAGAUAGUGAAACAUUGGGUGGUUUUCCAGUAGAAUUCCUUAUCCAAGUGACCAGAUUAUCAAAAAUCCUUAUGAUUAAGAAGGAACACAUAAAGCAGUUAAGAGAAAUGAACACAGAAGCAGAAAAACUGAAAUCCUAUUCUAUGCCUAUAGGUAUUGAAUUUCAGAGAAGAUAUGCAACAAUUGUUUUAGAUCUUGAACAACUGAACAAGGAUCUAAACAAAGUUCUGCAUAAAGUCCAGCAGUAUUGUUAUGAGCUUGCCCCAGAUCAAGGUCUCCAGCCUGCAGAUCAUCCCACAGAUCUAAGACGAAGAUGCGAAGAAGAAGCUCAGGAGAUUGUCAGACAAUCAAAUACAUCAACAACAGGACAGCCUUGUGUUCAAAGUGAAAACCUUACUGAUUUAAUUGCUAGACUUACAGCAAUAUUACUACAGAUUAAGUGUUUGGCAGAAGGAGGUGAUCUAAAUUCCUUUGAGUUUAAAUCGUUAACAGAUUCAUUAAAUGACAUCAAAAAUUCUAUAGACUCUACAAACAUCAGUUGUUUUCAGAAUAAUGUUGAAAUCCACGUUGCACACAUCCAGAGUGGCCUCAGCCAGAUGGGAAAUUUGCAUGCCUUUUCUGCAAAUAACACCAACAGAGACUGAGAGAAGUGUCCACCCCAGACUCAAGUGUACAGAAUGUAGUUGUGGAAACACCGUCUUAUAUAAGCUUCACCAAAUAUCCUGACUGCUGAAAGACAAGGGAAAGAAGAGGAUAUUUUGAGACUGGUUGAGGUACUUCUGAAGAAACCAGCAUAAAAUUACCAGCAUUGCUAUAGACUUCAUCACUGGCUAUGCACAUACAGUAUCUUGUUUGAACACCUAACCCUUAGUUUAAAAAGUAUAUAUGUUGUUUUAAGCUGAAAGUUAUGCAGACAUGUUUUAUAUAAAGUAAGAAUAUUUUAAAUUGAAUUGCAGCUUAUUUUGUCAACUAUUAACAGAUGUGUUUUGACAACAGUGAAAAGGAAGUGACAUAAGCAUGGGCUUGUAUUGACUUGUUCUUGAAAGCCAUAGUACUUAGUACUUGUGUCUUAUUGCCUUUUGAAAAUGUAGUAAUUGGUAAAGCAGUGUGUGCAUUUCCUGUACCUGGGAAGUAGCAGCAGAGUAAGGUUUGCAAAGGAGUAGUAGUGGAUAGAUAGCUAUUGUACACUUGCUGAUACUGGGAAUCCUUGUAAAUCAGUUUAAAUAUCUCUGGAAUAUUUAAUUUAUCGUAACUUAUAAAAGUAAUCUAAUGAAGGAGUAGAAAAGAACUGCUGAAUUCCCAGAAAGUGGUAAUAAUUGCUAUGUUGCAUCCAUAAUGGGCAAAAAAAAAUAAUUGGUAAUAUUUUUAUUGAUUUGUUUGCACAGUUUUAAACUCAGUAUCUGGUUAUCAAAGAAUAAGAGUUUUAAAAAGCAGUUGGAUAGUCAGUCCUCUAAGCUGCCUAAAAAAAUAAAAAGCAAAGACCUGAGGAAUAUACAGAAAUACCAAUCUUGUAAAAAGGGUAUAUUGAGUUGUUUAUUUAGUAUAGUCUUACAAAACUUCAGUGUAAUAAAUUGUUUCCAGAUUUGAAUUCUCAGAUAGCUCUAGCAAUGUUUCGAUUCUUUAAUUCCUCAUAAAAUGAGGUCUUUUGUAUGUUAAUGUAUAAAGAAAAUAUAAACAAUUAUUUUCAAUUUAAAAUUUUGUAUAGUUUUAAAAAUG